AUGACACGAAUUCAAAUACUCAAAUAUGCAGCUGACAAACUGAUUGGUAUACCUUUAACAAACACUUCUACUACUGAAUAUAAAUCAGAUCCAUUAUAUCUUAUAACUGCUAAGCCAUAUGAACAAAAUAAAUUCCUUGUACAUAAUGACUCAAUAACUGACAAGGUAAAAUUUACAAAAGCAUCAAUAGAACAAUAUCGUCGACGUCUAGAAAGAAUUGAAUAUGAUCGAAUACAUUCAUUUCUUGGUGGCGAAAAGAAUUACAUUGAAUUAAUUAUUAUCUGUGAUGUAAUGAAAACAAAACAAAAACUUUUUUAUACAGUAGAAAAUUUGUUUUAA